ACAGCACUGGGUUCCAGCUAGCAGUCCUGGGGUUCAGUUGAGACUUGGACAUCUGACCAUGAGGAUCUGGUGGCUGCUGCUUGCCCUGGGAGUCUGCACAGGGGUUGUGAACUCCCAAGACACAUGCAGGCAAGGGCACUCGGGCAUUCCUGGGACUCCUGGUCACAACGGUCUGCCCGGAAGAGAUGGACGCGAUGGAGCAAAGGGGGACAAAGGGGAUGCAGGAGAACCAGGUCGUCCCGGUGGCCCGGGAAAGGAUGGAAUGAGUGGCGAGAAAGGAGAACGAGGGGCAGAUGGAAAAGUUGAAGCUAAAGGCAUCAAAGGUGAUCCUGGCUCCAGAGGACCCCCAGGGAAGCACGGGCCAAAGGGAUCUGUUGGUCCCACAGGAGAGAAAGGGCUCCAAGGAGAGGCCGGCCCUCAGGGGCAGAAGGGGGAGAAAGGUGACGUGGGUCCCACAGGUCCUCGAGGUCUAACAGGCAGCACUGGACCUUUGGGUCCCACUGGCUUGACUGGCCCCAUAGGCCUGAUUGGCAAGCCAGGUCCCAAGGGAGAAGCAGGACCCAUGGGACCCCAGGGUGAGCCUGGAAUUCGAGGAAUGAGAGGCUGGAAAGGGGAUCGAGGAGAAAAAGGCAAACUUGGUGAAAGUCCGGUUUUGCCAAAAAGUGCUUUCACUGUAGGGCUGACUGUGCUGAGCAAAUUUCCCCCUUCAGAUGCACCCAUUAAAUUUGACAAGAUCUUGUACAAUGAAUUCAACCACUACAAUGUUGCUACAGGGAAGUUCAUGUGCCACAUUGCUGGUGUCUAUUACUUCACCUACCACGUCACUGUCUUCUCCAGGAAUGUGCAAGUCGCUUUGGUCAAAAAUGGUGUAAAAAUACUGCACACUAAGGAUAGUUACAUGAGCUCCGAGGACCAGGCCUCUGGUGGGAUUGUCCUGCAGCUGAAGCUUGGGGAUGAGGUGUGGAUGCAGGUGAUAGGAGGAGAGCGGUUCAAUGGUUUGUUUGCAGAUGAAGAUGAUGACACGACAUUCACAGGCUUCCUGCUGUUCAGCAGCUCCUGAUGGCGGAGCCUUCCAGCCCUUGCCUCCCUGUCAUUUGGAAUUAGUGUGGCGUGGAAUUACUCAAUGGCUUCACUGUAUUCCUUCCUCCAAUUAUCCCAAUGAUCCAAAAAAGGUGCAAGUGGGGAAGUUUCUCUUAACCUUGGUUCCAUGCAACGUACAAUCUUUCCAAGUUUAAAUUGUUAAAUAUUUGCCCUUUUAAUUUUAAUUUUUUAAAUUUUAUCUCCAGUGCUACAUCUGUCAUCCUGUUUAUUCCAAUUUAUUUAAUAUUUUCAUCAUUUGUACUAUCUAAGAAAUACCUUGCAUGCAUAUUUCUGGUGGGAAGGGAGUUCUGGUGUCACUUAAUGCUCUAAGUGAUACAAGGGAAAUAAAUGUAACUCUCAAGUUAUUGUACACAGACAACAAUAUGCAUUGCAUUUUUAAAGCCUGUCUUGACAUCACUUUGAUCAGCUGGCAAACUAGGUGGAAGCAUGUCCUUAAUUCUAAUGACACUAAUCUAUAAGGCAAUAAAGUUGUAGACAUAAAUAUUUUAA